CUUUUUUUUCCUCUUAAAGGGAAGAUAGUGACCCCUUCUCUUCUCUGGUGAGGGCCUGAGGACAGUGACUCUUUUCUCACCAUGAGUGUCACCCCAGAGGUCAAGAGUCGUGGGAUGAAGUUUGCUGAGGAGCAGCUGCUAAAGCAUGGAUGGACUCGAGGCAAAGGCCUGGGCCGGAAGGAGAAUGGCAUCACCCAGGCCCUCAGGGUAACGCUGAAGCAGGACACUCAUGGGGUGGGACACGACCCUGCCAAAGAGUUCACAAACUACUGGUGGAAUGAUCUCUUCAACAAGACUGCGGCCAGCUUGGUAGUGAAAACUGGGCAGGAUGGCGUACAGAUAAGGUGCCUGUCUAAGGAGACCACCCGUCAUGAUCACGCCAAGCCCAACUUGCUGUAUCAGAGGUUUGUGAAGACGGCCACACUGACUUCAAGUGGGGAGAAGCCAGACAAUGACUUGGAAAGCUGCAGUGAUGACGACAGCCAGGGGCCCAAGCCUCCAAAGAUUCUGACUGAUGAGAUGAUGCUCCAAGCCUGUGAGGGGCGAACAGCACAUAAGGCUGCCCGUCUUGGGAUCACGAUGAAGGCUAAGCUUGCUCGGUUAGAGGCCCAGGAGCAGGCCUACCUGGCUUGUCUCAAAGGCCAGGACCCUGGGGUCCCUCAACUGCAGUCUGAGAGCAAGCCCCCACAAAAAAAGAAAAAGAAAAGGAAGCAGAAAGAGGAGGAAGAGGCCACGGCAACUGAAAGGAAUGCAGAAGAGUACCUAGAACACACUGACCAGAGUGUCAGAAAAAGCAAGAAGAAAAGACGGCAUCGAGAAGAAAGUGUCACAGAUGAGAGAGAGGAAGCAGCCAUAAGGCAUGAGGAAAAAGAGACCACAGGAACAAGUGGGCUUGGGGAAUUGAAAAACAGAGAACAAACUGAUCAGUCCCUCAGGAAAAGGAAGAAGAAGAGGAGGCAGCAUGAGGAAGAAGACUUGAACAUGGAGGAGGCUGUUGCAGAUGGUGGGACCAGAGAAGCAGAAAGCAGAUCAUGCAGUGAUCGGAAAAGUAGGAGAAGCAAGAAGAAAAGACAGCAGCAUCAGGAGGAGGAGGAUGUGUUGCAUGUAAGGGAUGAAGGAGAUGAGGAAGAUGGCAGGACUAGGACAGCAGAGAGCAAGGCAUACACUGGCUCAAGUGGCAGAGGUAAGGAGAGGCAGAAGCAACCAGAGGAGGAAAGACCUGGAGUCCACACUGACCAGCGAGCAAAAAAGAAGAAACAGAAGAAGAGAAACUGAAGGCCAGGUCAAGAUGCAGCCUGAUCGAUUCCUCUUCAGGAGUUGAAGCCUCAGGGACCUGAGUUGGUGCAGGUCUUAUGUACCCUCUCAGUGAGGAGUCCCUCCCAAGGAGGAAACAGCUCUGGAACAGUAGUCUGCUGAGAGGAGAGCGGUAGUGCUGUGUCUGACUUGACGGAGCAGGCACAUUCCCCCUUACAGCAUCUAACCCAGAGAUGGUGAACUCAA